GAACAAUGUCGGACAAAAAAAUAUCCCGGCUCUAACUUUUAAGGUCCAUGUCUUGAUAAUUUUUUGAUGAUCUUCUGACAGCCUUACGUUGCACGUAGCCCGCUGCAACACCAAAUUUGUAGUCAUUCAAGGCCUAGGUCUUAUACUCGGAGCGCGCUAACCAAACCCGUAAUCCGGCGUCAUGGCCCUUAGUUUUUUCCCGACAACCAGGCAAAAGUUAGAGAGAUAUGCUUUCUCUAGUUCGCUUCCUGCAAUUUGGCAAGGCCCCUUCCUUUCGCAACUAUAACUGCCUCCCCUCUGGAUCGCGCUAGAUCACUCAAACAUGGCCUCACUCACAGAUAGAAAAGUCCCAAAGAGCACAAAGAUGCAUUCAAAAGUCGUUAUUAUUGGGUCAGGUCCUGCAGGACACACCGCGGCUGUAUAUCUUGCGCGCGCGAACAUCAACCCUGUCCUGUUUGAGGGCUUUAUGGCAAAUGGUUUCGCUGCCGGUGGUCAACUUACCACAACCACAGAUGUCGAGAACUAUCCCGGUUUCCCAUCUGGCAUCCUUGGUCCCGAGCUUAUGGAUAGGUUUCGCGAGCAGUCCAUUCGCUUCGGAACGCGGAUCAUCACAGAGACCGUUUCCAAGGUCGAUCUCUCUGCACGCCCCUUCCGUUACUGGCGAGAGGGUGAGGAACACGACAAAGCAGAAACUGCCGAUGCGAUCAUCAUCGCAACUGGUGCGAGCGCGAAGAGGCUAGGACUCAAGGGCGAAGUCACAUACUGGCAGAGCGGCAUCAGCGCGUGUGCAGUCUGCGAUGCUGCCGUCCCUAUCUUCAGGAAUCAACCGCUAGCUGUCAUCGGUGGUGGUGAUUCUGCAGCAGAAGAAGCGACCUAUCUGACAAAAUACAGCUCCCACGUGUAUGUCCUUGUCCGCCGUAGCGAACUCCGUGCUUCUAAAACUAUGGCCAAGCGCCUCAUGAAUCACCCCAAGAUUACGAUUCUUUGGAACACCGUCGCAACCGAAUGCCAAGGCGACGGCAACCUCCUCAACAACCUCCGCAUCAAAAACGUAAGGACAGGGGAAGAACAUGAUCUACCAGUGCGCGGACUUUUCUAUGCGAUCGGACAUGAACCAGCUACGUCCCUCGUGCGCUCCCAGCUGCAAACGGACCUUGAUGGGUAUGUCAUCACUGUCCCUGGAACGACGCAGACGAGCGUCAAGGGCGUGUUUGCCGCUGGCGAUGUGCAGGAUAAGAAAUAUAGACAGGCUAUCACUAGUGCGGGGAGUGGGUGCAUGGCCGCGCUUGAGGCAGAGAGGCUUAUUGCGGAGGAGGAAGUAGAGGAGGGGUUAAUGAUCAAGAGGCUGAACCCAGAGUUGAUAUCAGAUAGCGAGGAAGAGAGACUCAGAAAGUGUAAAUCUGUCACUCUUGAAGUCAUUCAAAUAUCCUCGGACGACGAUGACGACCCACUCACAAAAUACGGUACUCGACGGGGUCAGAACACUCCUGUUAACACAAGCCCAUUCCGUGGAUCGUUGGAAAUCAUUGAAUUAACAGAUAGUGAUACCUGUGAUACAUCCUCCGACUUUCCGGACAAAUUAACUGAUCUCGUCAAGAGCCCCGCAAAAAUGCGGAGGAAACCUGUGGCUCAGUGUCCGAAAGAUUUUUUGUCACUUUAUGCUGAUGAGAGCGAUGCAGACGAUGGUUCCAUUCUUAUUUUGAACGAGCCUCGAAGUGCACGCAAACCCAUUCGCCGUGCUCAGAUAUCCACUGUCAAUGAAUCCAUUCCCUCUUUCCCGAUUACUCGCUGUAAUGACGGGCCAUUUCACUCACAUUCAUCUGGAGAAGAUAAGAGGCAGGCUGGUACUCCUCGGGCAAUCUUGGACAGCACGCCACGAAUAAAUAAACCACCCCCCAGGAUCCCCAAGCAGGGAAAAGCAGAGGAGCAGGGACGUCGCGAGAAAUAUGCUGCACAGCUCUUUGAAGAGCUGAAUAGUACACGCCUCUUAACUACCGCGGGGAGGGCCAAGUGGCACAAGUCUAGGGAUGGUGUUCAGACGACAGAGAUCGAGUUGGCCGCCAAGAUUUUGGAUUGUGAUGGUGGAGAGGUCUUUGUUUCUGCUUCUACCGUGUCCCUGAUUUGUGUGCUUUUAGAACGGAUACGAAAUACUUUGUCGCAUGAGAUGUGUCACCUGGCAUCCUGGGUCAUCAACGGCAACCCGAAAGAAGGCCAUGGCCAGAUCUUCAAAGCCUGGGCCGACAAGGUAAUGAUCAAGCGUCCAGAAAUUGAAAUCACGACAAGGCACAACUAUGAGAUUUCGUACCCAUUCGAAUGGAAAUGCGAAAAGUGUUCAAAAAUAUAUGGCCGAUAUAGCAAAUCCAUCAGACCAGAUGAAUGUGUUUGUGGUGUCUGCAAGGUCGGAAAACUCAUCCCCCUCUUCGCGCAAAGAGCACCUAGGACCCCUAAGGUCAGCAGGAUGGCUACUGCUCUGCCUCAAGGUUCUCCUCGUCCCGUCGCGCCUCUCGAGGAAACCAGGCAAAUCCCGGCUAACAACACAGUGUAUGUCAUAUCAUCAGAGGAUGAGGUGGAUAUAUUGAUCGGCGCCAUCAACAAUGUGACCCUGCACGGUGAUGAAACUCCACCACGAGCUAUAUAGUCCAUCAUUUAGCCCAUGAUGAUUUAUACAUUAAUUUAUCAGACUGGCGAUCAG